AUGGACUCUGUAUCAACCUACGCGGUUGCCAGCUCCGCCUGGCUCGCAACCCAAGCAGUCCCUUUAAUCAUCUGGCCCUCCCUAAUCAGCACCCUACUCCAAAUCGACAGCCCCUCACGAGGCAGCUCCGAAUACAGCGGCAGCCACUACGUCCAUGGCUCGGUCGAACAAUACUUUGCGCGCAGCCUCGGUCUCGCCCAGCUCGCACUUGCCGCCCUCCUUCUCGUCCUCUCCGGUGUGCUCGCGCCGUCCUCGGGCACCACGGCCGCCCCGGACUCUGACACAUCGGUAACGCCUACGGCCUCCGGUACAGUGCUGGUAUCCGCGCUGCACCAUGCAGCCGUGGCCUCGUACGCUUACUCGCGCUACCACACCACGGGGGGGCAGAUGGGUUAUCUGGUUGGUAGCGUGGCAGCGGGCGGGCUGGCGGUGGCGGGAUUGUGGGUGUUGUUGUUUGCGGGCGACAAGCAGCGGAUUAGCCGGCGGACUGGGGCGGACAAGGAUACAAGCGGGUGGCCGUUUCGGAACGCGGAGGCAGAUAAGAGGAAAGGGAAGAAGAGGUUGUAG